CCGUUCUGCUUCCCAAACAAAACCCAAAGAAAUCGGAAUGGGGAGGAAGGCGCAGAGGAAGGAGAUGGCGGCGGAGGCGGUGUCGUACGAGGAGCAGCGGCGGAGGCAGGUGGAGGCGAACAAGCGCAAGCUCGAGGAGCUCCAGCUCCACCACCUCUCCGCCGCCGUCAGAGAAGCCGCCGUCAAGCCCUCGCCGGCCAAGAAGCGGAAGGCGCGGGUGCCGCGGGACGCCGCCGCGGAGCCGCUCCGGCGGUCCGGCCGGGUCGCCAACCUCCCCGAUAAGCCCAAGUACCGCGAGGAGGUUCUGGAUUUCGGGAGAAAGGUUAGGAGGACGUACAGCUCGGGGAGGAAGGAUCUGGACAACCGGGUGUACGCGACCGACGAGGAGAGGACCCACGCCAUCACGAAGGCCGAGGAGCUGGAGGAAGAGCUGGGCUCUCGCUUCCCUAUCUUUGUGAAGCCCAUGACCCAGUCCCAUGUCACCGGAGGCUUCUGGCUGGGCCUCCCAACGCCGUUCUGCCGGAAGCACCUGCCGAAGCGUGACGAGACCAUCACGCUGGUGGAUGAGGAGGAUGACGAGUCUGACACGCUCUACCUCGCCAGGAAGAUGGGCCUCAGUGCCGGAUGGAGAGGUUUCUCCAUUGAGCACAAGCUGGUUGAUGGAGAUUGCUUGAUCUUCCAGUUGAUCGAGCGGACAAAGUUCAAGGUCUACAUAAUUAGAGCACGUUCCUACUACAAAAAUGAGGACUGAUGAAACUAGUAGCUUCUAAUAUGGUGGUUGGAGCUCAGUUCAGGAAAUUGGCGCACUGGACAAAACCAGUGUAAACUGGAUGGAACAAGCUUGGGCAUAUGGAGAUUGCUUGGCGUCUUCAACCUUUUGUGUGGCAAAAAUACUGAUUCUUGAAAUAUCUACUUAACCUAGUAUGUAGCAGUUGCUAAUUUGUGGACUUGGGUCUACCACUUACACGGUUCAGAAAUCUGCACCAUGUAAGGCAGUAAGGGGAUGUUGCUGGCAAUUGACCUCAUUUGGCAAAUUGAUGCCUGUCCUGGUUUCUCUUGGAUCCGUUUCAGUGAUGUUCA